ACAGCCAUGUUUUGUGAGUAACAUAGGGAGAGAGAGAGAGAGGUUGUGUUAAGACAGAUUUUAGGUGUUUCCACAAAUAGAGUGCUGUAAAUGCUUGCUUUGGAUUAUGCUGUCUUGAUAGCAUUUGAUAAUAGAGAUCUGCUGACCCAGAGGUCAGAAGAACUAGGAUACAAUAAUAUGGAGUCUGGAGAGCGGUUAACGUCAACAGCAGCCUCUUCCACUGCAGCUUCAUCUCCUGCCUUGUCCUCAGCAUCCAUCGUCUCAGCAAUUUCCAAAGGUGGCCUUUCCACUGGAGCCACAUCACUUAGCUCCACAAUCAACGCCUGUGGACAUUUAUUCAGAACAGCUGGGGAUCAACCGUGUAACCUGUCCACAGUGUCGAGUGCCUUUCAGGUCAGCCACCCAGUCUUUGGUCUACAAACAGCCAGCUCAGGGCAUACAGAAUUUGGUGGCUUGGGGUCACUUGGUACACUAGCCUUAGCAGCGCACCCCCAGCUAACAACUUUUCCAGAAUGGUGGCGGAAUGCAGAUGUGCACUCCCGUACUGGCACUACAUUUUUCCCACCACUACUUGGAAUCUCUCCUCUGUUUGCCCCUCCUGCCCAAAAUCAUGACUCUACUGCAUUCCAUACAAGGACCCCAGGAAAAAAUGCACGAGGAAGUUUGGAGAAAGGUGUUAAUGGAUCUGUAAAUGGAAAUAGUACCACUUCAGUAUCAGGCAUCAACACCUCUGUGUUAUCUACCACCACUGCAAGUUCCGCAGGACAGGCAAAAGUUAUAACCUCAGUAGGAGGAAGCCGCAAAUGUAACCAGGAACAAAAUAAAAACCAGGUUCUGGAUGCAAGAGCUGUCAAGAUUAAAGACAAGAAACCCAGAAAGAAAGCAGUGGAUAGUUCCAGCAACAGUGAAAGUGAUUCUGGCUCCUCCUCAGACACCUCUAGCGAAGGCAUCAGUAGCAGCGACUCAGAUGACUUGGAAGAAGAGGAAGAGGAAGAAGAGGAGGAAGAAGAAGAUGAUCAAAGUGUUGAAGAAAGUGAAGAUGAUGAUUCAGAUUCUGAGAAUGAAACACAGCCAAAAAAUAAGAACAAGGUGCUAAUGCAUAGCGGACCAGACAUGAAAGGAGAUGGACAGAAAUCCCAGGAAAUGUCCCAGGAAAAGAGACCACACCAGCCAAUACCUCUUGCGUCUGAUAGCCAGACUCACUCAUCAUUCCAGGCCCAGCAGAAGCAGCCUCAGGUUUUGUCACAGCAACUUCCCUUUAUUUUCCAAAGCUCUCAGGCAAAGGUGGAAUCUGUGAACAAACACACAAGUGUAAUACAGUCUACUGGAUUGGUGCCCAAUGUGAACCCUUUGUCUUUGGUAAAUCAAGCCAAAAAGGAAACUUUCUUAAAACUUAUAGUUCCUUCUCCUGAUCUACUCAAGACAGGGAAUAAAAAUACCUCUGAGACUAGCGCAUUGACCAUUGAUGUCAGAUCAAACGGGUGAGACGAAGAACAGUACAAACAAACAUUCCCAGCACAAUUCAAGAAACAGCACGAAUCAUCCAAGAGCCUAAAGAAGAUUAUCACAGCAUUAUCAAAUCCAAAGCCAACCAGUUCAUCACCAGCUCAUCAAAAACACACCUCUUUAGAAAACAACCAUUCAAAUCCUUUCUUGACCAAUGCACUUUUAGGUAAUCAUCAACCUAAUGGAGUAAUUCAGAGCGUCAUUCAAGAGGCUCCUCUAGCACUUACCACCAAAUCCAAAUCUCAACCCAAGGUGAGAAACAUAUCUACUUCCAGCAGCGUAACCUUUUCCUCACCAGUAAAUUUAACCACAUGUGGGAAAAAGACACCAAGCAACCGGACACCUAUUAUGUCUUCUACCUCUCCUGUAUUACCUGGCCCAGCAAAGGAAAAGGCAGUCAGCAAUAAUACAGUAACAGCAGUAAAAACACAACACAGUCAUUCUUCGGCAAAAUCAUUAGUUGAACAAUUCAGAGGAACAGAUUCAGAUGUUCUAAGCAGUAAAGAUUCUGAAGAUUCGAAUGAUGAUGACGAAGAUGACGAGGAUGAUGAUGAUGAAGAAGAAGAUGAGGAUGAUGAAGAUGAAGAUUCUGAUGAUAGUCAAUCAGAAUCCGAUACUAAUUCAGAAGGGUCUGACACGGAAGGGUCUGAAGAUGAUGAGGAAGAAGAUGAUAAAGAUCCAGAUGAGUCAGAGUCUGAUACUGAGGGAGAAAAAUCUACCAUAAAAUUGAGCAAAACCCCUUCUUCCACUAAAAGCUCUUCUAUCAAUCUUGCCACUUGUUCGACACCACUUAAUCUCCAAGUAGCAAAGACACCCAGUUCUGCUCCAGCUGCAUUAUGCCCUGAGUCCCCCUCACCAGUAUUUGUAGGAACGCCAUCAUCUGGACUUGCUUCAAGCACCCAUUGUGGUUCUUCAAAAAGGCGACGAGUGACAGAUGAACGGGAAUUGCGCAUUCCUCUGGAGUAUGGGUGGCAAAGGGAAACAAGAAUAAGGAACAUUGGUGGCCGCCUUCAAGGAGAAGUAGCAUAUUAUGCACCAUGUGGAAAGAAGUUAAGGCAGUACCCAGAAGUUGUAAAGUAUCUCAGCCGAAAUGGAAUAAUGGAUAUCUCAAGGGACAAUUUCAGCUUCAGUGCAAAAAUAGGAGUGGGUGACUUCUAUGAAGCCAGAGAUGGACUGCAGGGGAUGCAAUGGUGUCUGCUGAAAGGAGAGGAUGUCCUUCCCCGCAUCAGAGCAAUGGAAGGUCGUAGGGGCCGGCCACCAAAUCCUGAUAGACAACGUAGCAAGGAGGAAUCAAAAAUGAGACGACGCAAAGGUCGACCGCCAAAUGUUGGUACCACUGAAUUCCUUGACAAUACAGAUGCUAAACUUUUACGAAAGUUACAAGCCCAAGAAAUUGCUAGACAAGCAGCACAAAUCAAGCUUUUGAGAAAAAUUCAGAAGCAAGAACAGGCCCGAGCUGCUAAGGAAGCAAAAAAACAGCAAGCUAUAAUGGCUGCAGAAGAAAAAAGGAAGCAAAAGAGCAGUAAAAUAAUGAAACAGCAGGAAAAAAUUAAGAGAAUUCAGCAAAUCCGAAUGGAAAAAGAACUCCGAGCUCAGCAAAUAUUAGAGGCUAAAAAGAAAAAGAAGGAAGAAGCAGCAAAUGCCAAAUUAUUGGAGGCCGAGAAACGUAUAAAGGAAAAGGAAAUAAGGAGACAGCAAGCUGUCCUUCUGAAACAUCAGGAGUUGGAGAGGCAUAGACUAGAUAUGGAACGGGAAAGAAGAAGGCAGCAUAUGAUGCUGAUGAAAGCUAUGGAAGCACGUAAAAAAGCAGAAGAGAAAGAGCGGUUAAAACAAGAAAAACGUGAUGAAAAGAGAUUAAACAAACAACGAAAACUGGAACAGCGAAGAUUAGAAUUAGAAAUGGCUAAGGAGCUAAAGAAGCCUAAUGAAGAUAUGUGUUUAGCAGACCAGAAGCCCUUGCCAGAAUUGCCUCGCAUUCCAGGCCUGGUUCUCUCGGGAAGUACAUUUUCAGAUUGUCUCAUGGUGGUACAGUUCCUCAGCAACUUUGGCAAAGUUCUUGGCUUUGAUGUGAAUCUGGAUGUCCCAAGUUUAAAUGUUCUUCAAGAGGGGCUGUUGAACAUAGGAGACAGCAUGGGAGAAAUACAAGAUCUGCUGGUGAGGUUGCUCUCGGCUGCAAUUUGUGAUCCAGGACUAAUAACAGGAUACAAGGCCAAAACAAUUCUCGGGGAUCAUUUGUUGAAUGUGGGCAUCAACAGAGACAAUGUGUCUGAAAUACUGCAGAUAUUUAUGGAAGGUCAUUGUGGGCAAACCGAGCUCACAGAGAGUUUGAAAACCAAAGCUUUUCAGGCACAUACACCAGCUCAGAAAGCAUCCGUGCUUGCUUUCCUUGUUAAUGAAUUAGCCUGUAGCAAAAGUGUCAUCAGCGAAAUAGAAAAGAAUAUAGAUUAUAUGUCAAAUUUAAGAAGAGAUAAGUGGAUGGUUGAAGGCAAACUUAGGAAGCUUAGAAUCAUUCAUGCUAAGAAAACAGGCAAGCGAGAUGUCACAGGAGGAGGUGAUAUAGGAGAAGAACCCCAUUCACUAGGUACACCCACACCAGGCCGAAAGCGGAGACGGAAGGGAGGGGAGAGUGAUUAUGAUGACGAUGAUGAUGAUUACAGUGAUGAUCAAGCAGAUGAAGAUGAGGAAGAAGAUGACGACAAAGAUGAUAAAAAGGGAAAGAAAGAUAUUUGUGAAGAUGAGGAUGAUGGAGACCAAGCUGCAAGUGUUGAGGAAUUAGAGAAACAGAUUGACAAACUUACUAAGCAACAAAACCAGUACAGAAGAAAGCUGUUUGAAGCUUCUCAUUCUUUACGUUCAAUGAUGUUUGGCCAGGAUCGUUACAGACGUCGAUACUGGAUUUUGCCCCAAUGUGGGGGCAUUUUUGUUGAAGGCAUGGAAAGUGGAGAAGGUCUGGAAGAAAUUGCAAAAGAAAAAGAGAAGCUGAAAAAGGCCAAAAAUAUUCAUAUCAAAGAAGAAAUUUUUGAGACCUCUGAAGAAAAAUUAAAUUGUUUAAAUGCAACACAUUGUAAUCCGAAAGAGGAUGUCAAAGAGAAGGACAGCACAAAUCUUUUCCUGCAGAAGCCUGGCUCUUUCUCAAAGCUAAGCAAACUUUUAGAAGUAGCAAAAAUGCCUCCCGAGUCAGAUGUUCUGGCUCCCAAAGCCAAUGGCAGCGCAGCAAACGGGUGCUCGCUGGCCUAUCAGAAUAGCUCUAAAACCUCAAUGUGCAGCCACCAGGCCACUUUAUCACAAAGCAGCAAUGAACGAUCUGAUCCGAAUCAUCUUUUUAAUCCCGUGGCAACUGGGCCAGGGAAAUUUUAUAGCUCUCCAUUGAUUUCAAAUGACCAACUGUUAAAGACUCUUACAGAAAAGAGCAGGCAGUGGUUCAGCCUGUUACCCAGAACUCCUUGUGAUGACACUUCUGUUACCCACCUAGAUUCACCAGCUGCUGCUACUUCUUCUUCAUCUCUCACUCCGCAUUCCCACCCUCCAUCUAAAUCACCCUCACCUGUUCCAUCUCCACUUAUUAGUUCAGCCUCUUCACCAAGCCCAAUAGGAUUAAGUCCAUUUGCCUUGUCACCACUUCAGAUGAAGACUGGAUUGCCUGUAAUGGGACUUCAGUUCUGUGGAUGGCCUACUGGCGUUAUGAGUUCAAAUCAUUCGUUUUCAUCCCCACUGCCUAGUAUGGGGUCCGGCCUAGGACUGUCAGAGGGCAAUGGUAGCUCUUUCUUGACACCCAGUGUUCCGACAAGUAAAAGCGAAUCGCCAGUGCCACAGGCUGAGAAACAAACUUCUGUACCUUCUUCGGUUCUUAUGGAAGUAGCCAAACCAGCUGAUUAUCCUAGUCCAAAGCCUAUCCCAGAAGAAAUGCAGUUUGGCUGGUGGAGAAUUAUUGAUCCAGAGGACCUAAAAGCUUUGGUUAAAGUGUUGCAUCUCAGGGGAAUUAGAGAAAAGGCCUUACAGAAGCAAAUUCAAAAACAUAUGGAUUAUAUUACUCUAGCUUGCCUCAAGAAUAAAGAUGCUGCAAUUAUUGAAGUAAAUGAAAAUGAUGAAAACCAAGUAACACGAGAUAUUGUAGAAAAUUGGUCCAUAGAAGAGCAAGCCAUGGAUACGGAUAUUGCUAUUCUUCAGCAGGUAGAGGAUUUAGAGAGAAGAGUGGCAUCAGCUAGUUUGCAGAUCAAGGGUUGGAUGUGCCCUGAACCGGAAUCGGAAAGGGAAGACUUGGUAUAUUAUGAGCAUAAAUCAAUCACUCCAUUGCACAAGAAGCGUGAUGGUGAUUGUGUUGGUGGAGAAGAAAGCAGUAGCAGUACUCUAGAACGGAAGAGCGACAACCCUCUAGAUAUAGCUGUAACCAGACUCGCUGACUUGGAGCGGAACAUAGAGCGAAGGUAUCUGAAGAGCCCCUUAAGUACCACCAUUCAGAUCAAACUGGAUAAUGUGGGCACAGUUACUGUCCCUGCUCCUGCACCAUCCGUUAGUGGUGAUGGUGACGGAAUGGAAGAGGAUAUUGCUCCAGGGCUAAGGGUAUGGAGAAGGGCAUUGUCAGAAGCUCGCAGUGCUGCACAGGUAGCUCUGUGCAUUCAGCAGUUACAGAAAACAAUAGCAUGGGAAAAAUCUAUUAUGAAAGUUUACUGCCAAAUAUGUCGAAAAGGAGAUAAUGAGGAACUACUGCUUCUCUGUGAUGGCUGUGAUAAAGGCUGCCAUACAUACUGCCAUCGGCCCAAGAUCAGUACUAUUCCGGAUGGUGACUGGUUUUGUCCUGCCUGCAUAGCAAAGGCAAGUGGUCAAACUUUAAAAGUUAAAAAAAAUCAGAUGAAAGGGAAAAAAAGUAAUGAACACAAGAAAAGCAAGAAAUUCCCUCCAGGGGUAGAAAUGGAAGAUGAAGACUCAGCAUCUGUAAGCAGCUCUGUUAAAAAGGGGAAAACGGAGUCCAAAAAGAGAAAAAUUGAAGACAGCAUUUCUGUUAGUCCAUCAAAACAGGAAACACUCUCCCCUGUGAAGAAAAUGAAACGUGAUGAAUCCAAGGACUUGGCUUUUUGCAGUGUGCUCCUGUCUGAAUUGGAAACUCAUGAAGAUGCCUGGCCUUUCCUACUUCCUGUAAAUUUGAAACAUGUUCCUGGUUAUAGGAAAGUUAUUAAAAAACCGAUGGAUUUUUCUACAAUUCGAGAGAAGCUGAAUAGUGGACAGUAUCCUAAUCUUGAGGCUUUUGCUAUAGAUGUCAGGCUUGUGUUUGACAACUGUGAAACAUUUAAUGAAGAUGAUUCUGACAUUGGUCGGGCUGGCCACAACAUGAGAAAACAUUUUGAAAAAAAAUGGACAGAGAUUUUCAAAGUGAGCUGAAGUGAUCACAGUCCAACAUGUUUUCUUCUCUUAAAAGAGGACAAAUAAGACCAGCAAUGUGAAGUGUAUUUACAUUAAAGUACAAGGCACAUGCAUAACUAAUGACUGUUUUAUUUUUCCUUAAGGGAUCACCGGGAGUAGUGCUAAUUCUUAAGGUGUCACUCCUUCAGUAACCAUGGCCCUUGGUUCUUGGUUUGUGUGUUUUAUCAAACUAUUUUAGGUAGAACAGGGAAGCACACCCAAAUAAUUUAAAUGUAAGGGGUGUCAUAGUGCAAUAGCAAUUUAAAAUAUAUCAAAACGCACUGAAUAUUCAACCACCAGAGCUCUAGUUGGGGAAAAAAGUUGUAUUUCCCCUUUCAAUAAAUAUCUAUUUUUCAUUUUUUUUUUACUUUGUAGUUUAUUUUUAGUAAAUGUAUUUAAUUUUAUGAAUUAUUUAUGAUUAAAUAGCAUCCAGACUCUUCGUUUUCUGUGAAAAGGAAGAAUUAAGAAAAUAAAAUAAAAUAAAAUUGCUUUAAAUGUUGAGAAUAAAACAAGGAAUGUUUUAAAAUUUAAAAAAAACAAAACAAAACAAAGCCAAGUAAAACUGUUUACACUGAUGUGCUGUAAAAAGCACGAAAAAUUAAACUUUACUGUAGAGUUACAAGUACAUUUAUAUAUAUGUUGCUGCAUCACUUGUGUAGUUAAAUUGUAUUUCAAAACAGUGAAGAAAAAAAUGAAACAUAUGUAUAUACUGUUCAUUAUUGUUUAUAUUAAGUCUUGUUUUAAAUAUGUAUGAUGUGUACAUAUUGUUUGCAGACAUUGUUUAUGCCUUAGAAAGGACUGUAGCAUUUUAUUUUAGUUUUAAGGUAAUUACAGCUAUAUGGCUUGUACAGUAAGUAUCCUCUACCAACACUGUGGAGUCUCCUUAAUCUUUGUAGUGCCUGCCUUUAAAACAGGGUGUAGGGGAUAUUAGUUUUCCAUUUUUCUAUUUUGUUAUAUAAUUUCAAGCCACCAGGGCCUCAAAUUUGAGUAUAAUCAUUUGUAUCCAUGUGGAAUAAAAAUGUGACAAUUUCUUACGCACACAGUAUUUUUUCAUAAAAACAUUUCCCUCCAUUUGCCUUGCCACAGAAACAACAAAAAAAGGAAAAAAGAAGAAAAAAAAUUUGUAACCACUGUGUUUUAUCUACUGUGUGUUGUGGUGGCCUGUUGGAGGCAGAUAGAUCAGACUUUUUUUUGUACCUAUGUAAGAGUACUUGAAGUUUCAUUUAAAACAAAAUGUUGUGGAAAAGGUAGCAUUUUUUUUUUUAGGAGUGUUAUUUUUCACUAGUAUGUGUGGCACGGAUACAAUAAAAGACUGUUUUGCAAACCA